ACAUAUCUGUUUAUUGACAUAUCCGUUUAUUUUAAAUUUUCAAGAAAAUCAAUUUCAUCUAGUAGUUUCUGUCGGAACUCUUUGUUCAGUCUAGUGGGUGGGAGGAAGUAUUUGUGAGUUACUCAGGAACUGCAAUUGAACGCUAAAGAUUACACACAGGGAAUUGUUGAUAGAGGGAUAUCUUGUCUAGUUUUUUUGCCUUGUUAGUUUUACUUUUUGCGUGUUUUUUCAUCGCGUGCGUUUAGACAUCACAAAAGCCACAAUGCUGAUUAAAGUUAAGACCCUGACUGGGAAAGAAAUAGAAAUCGACAUCGAGCCAACAGACAAGGUGGAGAGAAUAAAAGAGAGAGUGGAGGAAAAAGAGGGAAUUCCACCCCAGCAACAGCGACUCAUCUACAGUGGAAAACAGAUGAACGAUGAGAAAACAGCAGCAGACUAUAAAAUCCAGGGUGGCUCUGUGUUGCAUUUGGUCCUUGCACUACGAGGAGGGCGAGUGCAACAACACAUCAACACUGUCCCACAGGCCUUGUAAACCCCAGACCUGCCUUCUGCACCACAGGUGACCUGGCUAGCUCAACACACACGCCACUAAAUGAUCGUCUGACCCAAACACCACAGUGGCGACUCAUAUGCUCGUAUAACAUUCACCAUGUUCUGUAGCAACCUACAGCAUCUUUAUGUCCACAAUCCCUCUACCCCUAAUUUAUCCUUCUUAGAGAACUGUCACGCUUGGUUUAAGCUUAUGCUGAGUGAAUAAACAUUGUUGAAGUGAAAUUGAUGCAAUAGGAUCACUUGUCAAUAAAACACAGUAUUGACAUUUUUCUCCUUGA